AUGCCAGACUUGUGUCAGACAGAAAAUACUAAGCUCAAGGCUGAAAUCGAAGGAUUAAAACGAGCUGUUAAGAAUAUUGAAAAGCAAAAUCGAACAGUUACUGAUGAUUUAAAAUCUUCGGAAUACUCCACUCCAUUACCUAAUAAGAGUUGCUCAAAUGGUGAAAAUGCGCAGAUUAAGGAUUCUUCAACUCACCACGAAGCGGAUCAAUCCAUGACUAACACUGACUUAGUAACUUCAGACACUUCAGAACAGGUAGUAAACACAAUUUCCACUUCCGCUUCUCAGGAUCAGGACCUAUCUUUAGUUAAUCAGGAUGCUUCAACGGGAUCUGAAAAGACAAUAACAUCCUUAUCAUUAUGUGAUGCAAAAACCGUGACAAAAUGUCACGAUCUUAACAAUUCUGAUACUACCUUCGAAAUACUUGAAUCAGACAAUCAAAUCGUAGGAGGUUUAAUACAAGAGAUGACUUAUGAUCAAGCAGAAAAUAUUGUUUCUUCCGAAAUCAAUCCUUUAUAUUCAAAUAAUGAUGAGGAUAUGGCUCCAGGUUCUGUGCAAAGUUUACCUGACUUAUUUGAUAAAGCAAUUAAAUCGGGUCAAAAACAAAUUUUAAAUUGGUAUCAUUAUUCUCUAGAAUUCGAAAAUAAG